UUGAGAUUUGAAGAUUAUUUUUGUUCUUUUUUUUUAAGUAGAAUUAAUUCAGUAUUGCAAAUUAUUCGACUCGUUUUGUUGACUAUAUUAUUAAUUUGUAUUAUAUAAUUUGUAUAUAAUUAUUUGCGGAAAUUCGUUUUUUCUUUAAAAUUGAUUUUAAAUUUUCAAUAAAAAAUAAUUUGUGAAAUAAAAGAAUAUCAAAAAUAUCAAGAAUAUUUUAUUUUUCAAUUUCAAAAGAAAAAACACAAAAACAAAGUAAUUUAUCAAAUAAGAUAAAUAAAUAUGAUGUAUAACAAACAUAAUUGUAUUGUAUGGAUAGAUACAGAAUUAACUGGACUUCAAGUAGAAACAGAUACAAUUUUAGAAAUUGCUUGUUUAAUAACUGAUGAAGAUUUAAAUAUAGUGAGUGAAGAAUUUAAUAUUGUAAUUAAUCAACCAGAUGUAGUUUUAGAACAUAUGAAUGAAUGGUGUAUGAAUUUUCAUACGAAAUCAGGUUUGAUACAAGAAUCAAAAUAUAGUAAAAUUACUUUAAAAGAUGCAGAAGAAAUGUUGCUUAAUUUCUUGAAAAAAUAUAUUCCUAGUCAAACUUGUCCUCUAGCUGGUAAUACAAUUUAUAUGGAUCGUUUAUUUUUACUUAAAUAUAUGCCAUUAGUCAAUGAUUAUUUACAUUAUAGAAUUAUUGAUGUUAGUACAAUUAAAGAAUUAGUCAGAAGAUGGAAUUUAAAUAAAAGUGAAUGUAUACCAAAAAAAUUUUUGCAUCAUAGAGCUCUACCUGAUAUUAAAGAAAGUAUAGAAGAAUUAAAAUAUUAUAAAAAAAAUAUAUUUAUGUCUUCUAUAUAAUGUAGUAAAUAAUUUGUCUCCUAUAAAUAAACUUUA